AUGACGAAGGAAACAUUAAGGAAGUGUUCCCAUUGCGGACACAACGGCCAUAACUCCCGAACAUGCAAAGGUUGUAGCAGUAUAAGGCUGUUCGGGGUGAAAAUCAACGUUUCUGGGGAUGAAAACCACCAUGAUCCAAUCCGGAGAUGUAAGAGUAUGGGCAGCCUUCAACAGGCCCUUAAGUCUGCUAACAACAACGGCGAUCACGGCGGCGGCGGCGGCCCCGGCGACGCCGGGUAUCUUUCCGAUGAUUCCAACCGGACCAGAAAGAAGGGAACAUCAUGGACUGAGGAUGAGCAUAGGUCAUUCUUGAUUGGGCUGGAGAAGCUUGGGAAAGGUGAUUGGAGAGGGAUUUCAAGAACCUAUGUGCCAACAAGGACACCAACCCAAGUGGCUAGCCAUGCCCAGAAGUAUUUCAUCAGGAUGUCCUCCUGUGACAAGAAAAAGCGGAGGUCGAGCGUGUUCGACCUGGGUUUGAAUGAUACGAACCAGGCCCCACCUCCAUCAUCUUCUGACAAGGCUCCUCCUGAAAUCCCAAAACCGGCUAGUGUCCCUCCAUCUGCCCCACCUGUAACCAAAGAUGAAUCUAAAGGAAAGGCCAUUGAAACAGCUUCUGAAAAGCUUCCCAUUGCUCCAGUGGAUAAAGCUUUCACUGUUCUGAACUUAGGGCAUGAAAGGCCUCCAAUUUCACAAAACACAACCUGUGAGAAGCCUCCCAUUUCACCAGUGUCACCUCUGGUCCCUCCUAGCUUCAACUGCAUGCCAUACAUGAACGUGCCAGCGACCCGGAUGAUGCCCGUGGUGUCUUGGGCACCAGUUGUGACUUAUCCCAGCUAUGGGUAUCUUGGCAACUCCCAUGGGAACUAUGCUGCUCCUGCUGGUUGUGUGCAAUAUGUGCCACCUCGGCCUGCCGGUCCGCUAUUGCCUCGGGAAACGCGUCGUGGCGGUCCUCAUGGUGGUCUGGUGGCACCAGCCACUAAAAAGGAUGGUUUGGACCUCAACAUGGGAGCACUCAAGUUGUGA